AUGAACAAAAGGAAAGCUUCAGUGGAGAGAAACACUAAACAGAAGGCAUCGUCCAGACGGCCAAGCAAUACCAGCGUGAAUACGAGAACGAAUGUCGGGCAACAAAAAGUUCGCAAGCCCGAGAAACUGCCUUCUGCGAAUAACAUCAACGCGCAGGGUGACUCCUCGAAGCCGACGAACAAAGCCGUGGACGUUUGCAUGCCAAAGACCAGGUUCAGCUCUCAGGACAGAUCCAGAGACUCGAGGUCGUGUUCCUCACCGAGACUCAAGUGUUUCCCCGCGGAGAAAAUCAAAAAGUUGGACAGUCCUCCGCCUUUCUCUCCCAAACCCAUAGGUGCCUUGAUCGCGCAACAGGAUCCUCGAGAAUCCGGAGUCUUGUACGUGUCCACGCCUCUCGAGCAACGUCGCGACAAUGGCCAGGGUGACUCUGCAGCCGUCACGCAGCAUUUGCAUCAACGUCAUCAGCAACAAGGCGUGCACUCUGCGAGCCAGCAACAGGUUGUGCCUCAGCAGGCGAUCCAUCAGAUCGGUCAGAUGAACCCGCACUCGAAGAGUCUACUGCCUCAACAGGUCGCGAAUGUUCAGUCCCAUAGGCCUUUCGUGCCUCACGGCUUGCCAGACUACUCGCAAAAUUCUCAGAAGAAUCCUCACGCGACAUCUUCCAACCCUCCUCGGAUCCCGACGAAUCCAGGGGUACAACAGGUCGCGAAUAAUUCUGUAGCGAUCGAGGACCACGGGAAGACAAAGAACGAGGAUCAAACGAGUGAUCUGGAUUACGAGAAACAGCCAGUGGGAGGUCGCAAUGCAGCUGUUUACAUGCGGACGAUGGUCAACUCGCAUGGACAGACUGCUUCGCAGAUUCCGAUGGAUCCAGCUACGUCGAAUGCACCUAAUAUUAAUCUUCAGAACGCUCAUAAUCGGUAUCCCUCCGCCAGUCAGGUUCCAUCGCACACGAACCCUCAGAACCCUCAGAAUCCUCCGAAUCCUCAGCACAUCCAUCAGCAGCUUCAGCAGAACAGGCUGCAGCAGAGGGCAGUGAACUACCAGAUGCAGGUGAUGGGUAGUCAGCAACAGCCAGAAGGAUCCCAGGGAGCUCCUUACAAUUACAAUAGUCAACAGGGUGGAAUGUAUUUCCCUGGUCAAGGAAUGACCUCCCCUCAGGACGCAGUGGCGGGUCAGAUGAAAAAUUCGAGGAUGCUUGGAUCGAUUCAGCAGAACUAUCCUGUUCAUCAAGAUGACUUGGAUUACGGGAUGAAUGCGCAGAAUGGUUGGAGCAGGAACAAUAAGCAAGCUGAGUAUUCUAGCGCUAAAGGUCAGCUGAAAACGUAUCACGUUGACGUGGUAAAUGGUAACCAGCCACAGUAUGCAAUUCAGAACCAGCCGCAGCAACAAUUUAUACCACAGAAUCAGCAACAGCAGCAAUUUCUGACACAGAAUCCUCAACAGCAACAAUUUAUGCCACAGAACCCUCAACAACAACAAUUUAUACCACAGACUCAACAAAGGCAGCAAUUUGUAGCCCAGAAUCAGCAGAGACAGCAAUUUGUUCCUCAGAAUCAGCAGCAACGGCAAUUUGUGCCACAGAAUCAGCAGCAAUUUGUACCCCAGAGUCAACAAAGACAGCAAUUUGUUCCUCAGAAUCAACAGCAACAAUUUAUGCCACAUAACCCUCAGCAGCAAUUAUUUGUGCCACAGAAUCAGCAGCAGCAAUUUAUACCUCAACAAGGAACCGCGAUGCCGCAGAGACAGCAAAAUUCGAUGGCCUAUAAUCAAGCAGGUCUCAAUCAGCAGCCCCCAGACGGCAAUUCGCAGCCUCAAAUGGGAAGGAAGAAGCCCAUGAAGUUCACUGUCGGCAUGGUUCGCGACCAGGAGAAACUGUUAGCCACCAUGAAGCAGCAAGGAGUGCCGAUGGACGUAAUGAAGAGGCAAUUCGAUUUGUUGCUGAACGAGCAACGAAGACAUUUGGAAUAUCUGGAGCUCAUACAGCAGCAGAAAGACUCUCAGGAAGAACGGAGGACAGAGGUUACGAUACGAAGAAGGAAACAGCAAGAUGAGAAGCCUGAUUGGAUGAUUCAUUUGACUCCACCUAGAUUGUCUUAUCUGGAAAUUGAGAAAUUGCAGGAGCAACAAAGAAAGGAACGCGAAGUUAAGGAAUUGGAGGCUAUGCAACAGCAACAACAGCAAACACAGCAACAGAUGACGACAACGAGAGAGAUACCUGGCCAUCAGGUUCCUGUACAGGCUACCAACCAGCAGAACUACCAGCUCUGGCAGCAGCAACAGCAGAGAGUUCCACAGCACUACAACAAUGCGUAUGUUCAACCUCCCGUUGUUUCAGGGCCUGGUGUCAAUGGGAGCGAACCAAUGAAAUCCAUGAUUCAUCAUCAAAAUGCGACGCAGUAUCAAUAUGCUCAUGCACAACCUCAUCCAAAUUAUAAUCCCCAGUUACAGUAUCAGCAAUUCUAUCAAACUGCGCCUCAACAAAAUCCUCAACAAAAUCAACAACAACUUCAAUCCGCUAACAACCUUCCAGUCUACGAAGGGAGUAGAUCACCUAACGAGCCGUCCAGUUUGCUAAAAAUGCGUCGAUACAAGAACGAGGUCCGACCGCAGAGACAAAACAACGGACUGCAAGAUCCGGAAGUGGCGAAGAAGCACUUGGAGGACUUCAAGGUGUCAACGGACGCGAGAAAAGGCCUGGAAUAUCUAGCUAACUUAGCCCCGAAGAAACGCAUAGUGAGAUUGAACGGAAUACAGGAUCGCAACGAGUUGGAGGCAGAGUUUCAGCAACGUAUGAUCACGUCUACGUUCCAACCAGCUGCCAAAGUAAUGUCCGCGAACGGUCUGGAGAACAACAGGAACCCGGACAACCCGCUGCCGCAGAGGCUAUCGAAUCUGAAGAAGUCUGAGCAGGAAUUCCUGAAGGAAUAUCCCAGACAGAAGCAGAAUAAUCCAAGGAACUGCUACAGCGUGCCUGCUGAGAGGGAAAACGGUUCUGUAGCCAUGGGACAUUCACAGUUACACCCUCAACAGACAUCUCUAGGCCAGGUGUCAACUAGUUUGACACCUUACAGCGAGAAGAAUCAAAUGAUUAAUCACGGAGGUGCAAUGCCGUACAGGUUCGACGGAAGUUUUCCUCAGCACUAUCAGCAGAUGCACCAGUAUUACCAGAACUCGAGGAACUUGGCCAGGAACAACGGCGAAGGGGAUGUAGGAUCGACGCAGAGAAUAGAGCAAAGCAAAAGGAGCUUCGAUCACGCUGGCGGAGAUGCUAGCGAAAAUAUGAAUCGUGCGAUGAAUGGGCAAAUGGCGGAGGGAAAGAUACCGUAUCAAGGGGUGUACUACAACCAACCGAGUAUCAACGAACCCAGGACCAUCGGGGGUGUGAGGUACCUGGCCAGGAAGCAGGAUUACUUGCCCAAUCAGCAAAUCCUGGCGCCGGAAACUCUGAUCGCGAACAGACACGUGCAACCCCCGGUGAUGUACUGA